UGCAGGGAAAAUCUAAGAAGUGAAGAGGUGAUGAAAUGCUGUGAAUACAAAGUAUGGUACCAACAUGAAGAAGUGGUUUUUCUGACUCCAGAUAAUUGGAUGAACAUGAAACCAUUUAGUACAGAUGCAAGUGAAAGCCGUGCCUUUAGAAAUCUCCAGAUUGGUCAUUCUUCACUGACUGUGCCCAUGUUAGCAACCACUGAACUCAAAUCAUAUGAGUAUCAGGGAUUUGAAGAAAAACUAUCUAACUAUAACAAAUAUGGAAAAAUUUGCACUGACAUCCAGUCCUUUCAGAAGCAUACAAAGACGAAGCCAGGAGAGAAACCAUAUCAAUGUAAGCAAUGUGGAAAAUUCUACUGUGGUUGCACUGAAGGAACUAACAUUGAAAAGAAUACCUUUGUAUCUGUAGAAGAUGUAAAAGCCCUCAGUACAGCAAGCUAUGGUCAAAUUUGUGAAAGAAAUCAUAGUAGGGUGAAUACUUACAUUGCUAUACAAUGUGGAAAGGGUUUUAACUCUCAACAUGAUAUUCAGACACAUGAAAGAGUUAAUACUGGAGAAAAACCUUAUGUAUGUAAACACUGUGGGAAAUCCUUCACUAAUAAGACUUCAUUUGGCAAUCAUGAGAGAACUCACAACAGGGAGAAACCUUAUAUAUGUAAGCACUGUGGGAAAGCUUUCAGCACACACAGUUAUUGUCAAAUACAUGAAAGGGCUCACACUGGGGAUAAACCCUUUUUAUGUAAGCAAUGUGGAAAAGCUUUCAGCACACAUAGUGUUUGUCAAAGACAUGAACAAACUCACACUGAUGAGAGACCAUAUCCAUGUAAACAAUGUGGUAAAACUUUUAGAACACACACUCAUUGUCAAAUACAUGAACGAACUCACACUGGGGAGAAACCCUAUGUAUGUGAUCAUUGUGGAAAAGCUUUCAGUGCACAUGGUAGUUGUCAAAUACAUAAAAGAAUUCACACUGGGCAAAAACCAUAUGUAUGUAAGCAAUGUGGGAAAGCUUUCAGGAUACACAACUGUUUUCGAGCACAUGAAAGGACUCACACUGGUGAGAAACCCUAUGUAUGUAAGCAAUGUGGGAAAGCUUUUGGUACACACAGUCAUUGUCAAAGACAUGAACGAACUCACACUGGUGAGAAACCCUAUGUAUGUAAGCAAUGUGGGAAAGCUUUCAGUACACAUGGUAGUUGUCGAGAACAUGAAAGAACUCACACCGGGGAGAAACCCUAUAUAUGUAAGCAGUGUGGGAAAGCUUUCAGCACACGUGGUAGUUGUCGAGUACAUGAAAGUACUCAUAAUGGAGAGAAACCCUAUGUAUGUAAGCAAUGUGGCAAAGCAUUUAGCACACGCAGUUGUUGUCGAAAACAUGAAAGGACGCACACUGGGGAGAAACCGUAUGUAUGUAAGCAGUGUGGGAAAGCUUUCCGUACCUAUAGUCAUUGUCAAAGACAUGAACAAACUCAUACUGGUUUGAAACCCUUUUCAUGUAAGCAUUGUGGGAAAGCAUUUAGCACACAUGGUAGUUGUCAAAUACAUGAAAGAACUCAUGUUGGGCAUAAACCGUAUAUAUGUAAGCAAUGUGGGAAAGCUUUCAGUGUACAUGGUAGUUACCAAGUACACAAAAGAAUUCACACUGGGAUGAAACCAUAUAUAUGUAAGCAAUGUGGGAAAGCUUUUAGCACACACAGUUAUUGUCAAAUACACGAACGAACACACACUGGAGAGAAACCCUAUACAUGUAAGCAAUGUGGGAAAGCUUUCAGCACACACAGUUGUUGUCGAAAACAUGAAAGAACUCAUACGGGGGAGAAACCCUAUGUAUGUAAACAAUGUGGGAAAGCUUUCAGCAGGCAGAGUCAUUGUCAAAGACAUGAACAAACUCACACUGGGGUAAAACCCUAUUUAUGUAAGCAGUGUGGGAAAGCAUUCAGCACACAUGAUAGUUGUCAAGUACAUGAAAGAACUCACAUUGGGGAGAAACCAUACAUAUGUGAGCAAUGUGGGAAAGGUUUCAGUGCACAUGGUAGUUAUCAAGUACAUAAAAGAAUUCACACUGGAGAGAAACCCUAUGUAUGUAAACAAUGUGGGAAAGCUUUCAGCAGAAACAGUUAUUGUCAGAUACAUGAACGACUUCACAGUGGGGAGAAACCAUAUGCAUGUAAGCAAUGUGGGAAAGCUUUUAGCACAAAUAGUUGUUGUCGAAAACAUGAAAGGACUCACACUGGGGAGAAACCCUAUGUGUGUAAGCAGUGUGGGAAAGCUUUCAGGACACACAUUCUUUGUCAAAGACAUGAGCAAAUUCAUAAUGGGGAGAAGUCCUAUAUAUGUAAGCAAUGUGGAAAAGCUUUCAGGACACACAUUUAUUGUCAAAGACAUGAACGAACUCACACAAAGGAGAAAACAUAUGUAUGUAAGCAAUGUGGGAAACCUUUCAGGACCCAAAGUAGUUGUCAAAAACAUGAAAGGUCUCAUACUGGGGAGAAAUCCUAUGUAUGUAAGCAAUGUGGGAAAGCUUUCAGGACAUACAGUUAUUGUAAGUUACAUGAAAGUAGUCACAAGGUAGAAAAAAAUUUAAGCAAUUUAUAAUAGUUUUUGUUCACUCUAAUAAUAAACAGACAUUAAAAUUUGAAAGUAAGUUAACUGGAAAGAUAAAGUAACUUGCACUGAUGUGAAAGAACCUUCAAUGGAGAGAAGCACUUUCUUGGUAAGCCAUAUAAAAUUCUUUCAGUACACACAAGUAUUGCAUAAGUGAAGAACUCAUAGUGAAGAGAACAUGAACAUUUGUGAUCAGUGUUGAAACUUAUUUCUCUCAAUGCCUUAAAACAAUAAUUCACAUGAGAGGGAAGGCAUAUAUAUGUAAUAAAAGUGGUAAACUCUUUUGUUCUUCCACUUACUUUGAAAUGCUUGGAAGAACCUCUACUAAAGCGAGAGAGCCUAUGUAAAUAAUGUGAGAAAGAAUGUCCUGGUUUCAGUAAUGUCAGGAAAAAUGUACAAAUUCACACAGUGUUAAUACAAUACAGAAUGUGAGAGGAUGUUCACAUGGCUUAAGCAAUCUCAAUGGGAGACUCAUGGCAUUUCAUAAUGAGAGACUCCUCAAUACAUUAUAGUCAUUUUGGGUUAAUUCACAAUACAGACAUGCUGUAUUCUGAGAAAACAUUAAUAUAAGGGAUAUGUACAAGUAUUCAACUGUCCUACAUGUAAGAAUGAGUAUUGGGUUAAAUCCAUGUGCCUAUGCAAAGUUCUUAGUUGUAAGUCAUACUUCAAUAUAUUUGAACACUUCUCACAUGGUUAACACCUAUGCAAGCCAGUCAUGGAAACAAUGUGAAUUCUCCAUGUAAGAUGAAGAGAUAUUCUAAAGUAUAAAUAUAUUAUGUAAAUCACUGGAAUAAAUAUUUUUAAAUUCAAUUUUAAAUAUACAUAGCCUCAAUUUUGUAUUUUUUAAUUUUAAAUUUUUACUACUACGUAUUUGUCAAACAAUGAUCACAUAAGUCAUAAGGAUUUUGGACCUGUACAAAAUAUGUAUUCUUCCCCUUUUCCCAUUCCCCCAUUUGCAACAUUACUCACUCUGUAUUUACAAAAGCUUUAGUUCCAUUUUUCUCUUAUUUAAUCUCAUUUACCUUCCACCUUGCCCCUCCUUUAUUCCCCUUCCAAUUUUAAGAUGGUCUUUCUAAUUCCUGGUAUUCUCCAUUUUCUUCAUUAUUUACACUCUGGGUUUCUCACGCAAAAGAAACAAUGUGAUAUUUAAACUUGUGUGUCUGAUUUUACAAAUUAUAAAAUUUAUUUAUUAAGAUAGACUUAAGGUGCAUUGAUUUACCUAAAAACAAUUCAGAUUUAUUUUUCUUUAUGGCAAAGUAGUACUCCACUUUAAAUAUCACAUUUUAUGUAUUCAUCUCUUGAUGAGCAUAUGGGUUUUAUGAAGAUUUU